UGAGACGACUCUUCUUCCCUGUGCAUUUUCUCUCCUGUAUCAUACUCUCCCAACUUUACCAAUUCUUUGACGACUUCAAAACCACACCAAAUCUUUUAAUUUAUCUCCAAAACCAUAAGCGAGUUCACAAAUAAACUACUUAGUAAGCUGACAUUUCAUAUCUCAUUCAAUUAGGAUACACUCUCUCAACAAUCUUCAUUAAUGAGGGUUGCUGCUUGCUUCUGAAGGCUAGCAGUAACAGUUGUAUUUCUUCCACUUCUUUUUCUUCUUGAUGCCAUCUCUUUCUCUCUAUAUAUAUUUUCUCACCAAAAACCUUAAUCAUCCCUCAAACACCAUUAAGUUUCCUUAAAAACUUUCACAUUUUUGGUUACAUUUUUGAUUCAAUUUCAAAUAUAGUCCUCCCAUUGAUAUGGAUGUAUCCAACGGAAUGCUGCUAGUAGCUGUUGCUACAGCUUACUGGCUAUGGUUCAAGAGGAUCUCACGGUGGCUAAACGGUCCACGUGUCUGGCCAGUGUUGGGCAGUCUUCCGGGUCUGAUCGAGCAGCGCGACCGUAUGCACGACUGGAUCACUGAGAACCUCCGUGCGUGUGGCGGCACUUACCAGACGUGUAUCUGCGCCGUGCCUUUCUUGGCGAAGAAGCAAGGUCUCGUGACGGUCACGUGCGAUCCGAAGAACAUCGAGCACAUGCUCAAGACCCGGUUCGACAACUACCCUAAAGGUCCUACAUGGCAAGCCGUGUUCCAUGACUUCCUCGGCCAAGGCAUCUUCAACUCCGACGGCGACACUUGGCUCUUCCAGCGUAAAACCGCCGCUCUUGAAUUCACCACCAGGACGUUGAGGCAAGCGAUGGGUCGAUGGGUGAACCGAGGAAUAAAGCUCCGGUUCUGUCCGAUUCUUGAAACGGCUCAGAACAAUCACGAGGCAGUUGAUCUCCAAGACUUGAUACUACGGCUCACAUUCGACAACAUUUGCGGUUUAUCAUUCGGGAAGGACACACGAACCUGCGCACCGGGACUCCCCGAGAACGGGUUCGCCUCGGCAUUCGACCGAGCCACGGAAGCUUCUCUGCAGCGGUUCAUUAUGCCGGAGAUUCUAUGGAGGCUGAAGAAAUGGCUUGGGCUCGGCUUAGAGGUAAGCUUGAGCCGGAGCUUGGGAGAGAUCGAUGGGUAUCUGGAUGCUGUCAUUAACACACGUAAGCAAGAAUUUCUGAGUCAGCAAGAGAGUGGGUCCCUCCCGAGACACGACGACCUCCUCUCUCGUUUCAUGAAGAAGAAAGAUCCGUCCUACAGCCAGACGACGUUUCUCCAACACGUGGUCCUUAAUUUUAUCCUAGCUGGACGUGACACGUCAUCAGUAGCGCUGAGCUGGUUCUUCUGGCUGAUCACGACGCAUCCAACGGUCGAGGAUAAGAUCGUCCGCGAGAUUUGCUCCGUUCUGAUCGAGACACGUGGAACCGACUUAUCGUCGUGGACGUCGGAGCCGUUGGAGUUCGACGAGGUCGACCGGCUGGUUUACCUCAAGGCGGCGCUCUCCGAGACGUUGAGGCUCUAUCCAUCGGUGCCUGAAGACUCCAAGCACGCCGUCAACGACGAUAUCUUGCCGGACGGGACUUUCGUGCCGGCGGGAUCCUCGGUGACUUAUUCGAUAUACGCGGCGGGGAGGAUGAAGACGACUUGGGGAGAGGAUUGCUUGGAAUUUAAGCCGGAGAGGUGGAUCUCGCCGGAAGAUGGGAAGUUCGUGAACCACGAUCAGUACAGAUUCGUGGCGUUCAACGCCGGACCAAGGAUCUGUCUAGGGAAAGAUCUAGCGUAUCUGCAGAUGAAAACGAUAGCGGCGGCGGUAUUACUCCGGCACAGACUGACGGUGGCGCCGGGACACAAGGUGGAGCAGAAGAUGUCGUUGACUUUGUUUAUGAAGAACGGACUUCUGGUCAACGUACACAAGAGGGAUCUGGAAGCGAUCAUGAAGAGUCUCGUCGUAACCAAAGAGAGAAACGACGUCGUCGCUCUUAACGGAGUAUGCAACGGCGUUAUUGGUGAAGGCGUCGCCGUUAAUGCGGCUGUGGCGGUUGCCGUGUAAUGCGAUGCAGCUCCUCGGGUUAAAUAAUAUACUAAAUACAUACAUUUUCCUUUGGGUUUUGUGAUUUGUUGGGUAACGGUAAAAAAAACAUUGGUUUGGUUGUGAUGAUCUUUAUAUGAAAACAAACUUGUAAGCAGAUACUCUCUUUUUUUUUUUUCUUCUAAUGUAAUACUUUGGUUGUUGUUCUUCUCUAAUGUAAGCUUUUACAAUUUGAUUCU